AUGGCGUCGGCGACUCCGGCAGGCGGCGGCGAGGGCGUCCACGGCGGCGGUGAGAUGCCGUUCUGGCCUCCUAGCGGAACGGCUGGCGUCGACGGUGAUGGCGGCGACGACUCCAGCUCCGCGUACUCGACCGACGACGAGGAGGAGUCGAUGUUACUCAGCAUGGAGCAGCGGUUGCGGUUGGCGCAGCAGUGGGUGGCGAACCCUAGCAGCAGCCAUCAGUUGACGCAUGGACUUGGCGGCGUGCUUUUGGAUGAAGACAUUUGGCAAGUAAGGAUCCAUUUUGAUGCAAGAGAACCAUUGGAGAUGAAGCUGUGUGGUUCAGAUAUUACUUAUCUGAAUUUGGUUGCAGUGAUGGAAACCCAAGGAUUUAAUGCAUAUGAUUGUUUGUUUCACAUUGAAAAUCCAUCUUUAGGAGAGAAAGGGCUGGAUUUGGUAGACAGUCAUGCAGAAUUACAGAAGAUAAAGAGGAAGAUCCAGGACAAAUUGGUGCUUGAUUUGCUAGUCAGGGCUUGUCCACCCCCUGUUACUGAUUUUGAGUUGCAGAAAUGUCAAAUGCCAGAGUUGUCCACUGUGGUGUACCAAGAGCCUGUUGUUUUCGAUCUGAGUGAGCCUCCUAUCUUAGCUGUUGAUCAGCAAGGAGUAGUUUUUGAGAGUCAAUGUAGCAACUCUAGCACACCUCAUCCUGCUGGUGUUUGCACACAAGAAAGCAAGAAUGCAACAGCCAAGUUGAAAGCAGUUUUGGAAGAAGAAGAAGAGGGAUAUCAAGGAUUUGAGGCAUAUGAGGGCAGUGAUGCUAAUGCCUCUGAUGAGGAUGCUCAAAUUGGAAAUGACCAUCAUUACAUGGGUGAUGAUGAAGAUGUAGAGGUGGAAGAGGGAAAGAGACAGAGAGAGCUAGAAGUACAAGAGGAAGAAUCAGAUGAUGAGCAAUCAGAAGAGGAAGAAAUGCUGCAUUAUGAGGGCGACACUGAAGUUGAGGAACCAUUUGAGGUAGAGGAAGAUAGGACUUUUGAAGAAGAAGAAGAAACUAUAGUUGAACCUGUGAAGAAGAAGCAGAAGCUACCAGUUAGAAGAGGACCAACAACUAGGUCACAUUCUAGUAAGCUACCAGAGGUUGAACCUGAUUUCAGACCAUCCUCAUCAGAUGAAGAAGAGAAGGGGUUGUUGAGGGAGAGUGAUGAUGAUGGUUUUGAGCCAGCCUCUUUUGUCCUACCAAAGAAAAGGAAGAGUAGGGCAAAGAAAAGGCCUGAUAGGAAGUGGUACAAUGAGAAAAUGGAGCAACCACAUGAGCAACUGUGUAUGAAGUUGUGUUUUAGGGAUCAGCAUCAAUUCAGAGAUGCUUUGUUGAAUUUGCACAUCACUCAGGCCAGGAAUUUUAAGUAUCACAGGAAUUCAGAUCAGAGGAUAAUUGUUCAGUGUGCAGAUAAACAUUGCCAGUUCUUUAUGGUGGCAGCAGUUAUAAAAGGGGAGAAAACCUUUGUAAUUAAGAAGAUGAGACUAGAGCACACUUGCCCUAGUACCACUGAGACCACCAGGGUUAGUGCUAAGUGGCUAGCACAGAAAUAUGAGCAUCUCUUCAGAUCUGAUAUAACUACUGGUAUUCAGACAAUAAUUGAUGCAUGCAUGGAAAAAUAUGGUGUAGAUGUGCCCAAGUGCAUGGCAUAUAGGGCAAAGAACAUAGCUAUUGAAGCUGUCUUAGGAGAUCACAAGAAGCAAUAUCCUAGGCUUAAAGACUAUGCUCAGACUGUCAUGGAUACAAACCCUGGGAGUAGAGUAAUAGUCACUACUGUUACUCCAGUACCAAAUGCAAAAAUACCCCACCCAGGCCCAAGAUUCCAUGCCAUGUUCUUUUGCCUGAAUGGAGCAAGGGAGGGGUUUCUCAAUGGGUGUAGGCCAUUCAUUGGUGUUGAUGGAUGCUUCAUUAAGCUCACUACAGGAGCUCAACUCCUUGCUGCCACUGGUAGAGAUGGCAACAACAACAUAUAUCCACUGGCAUUUGGCAUAGUUGGACAAGAGGACACACCUAGUUGGUGUUGGUUUCUACACCAACUGAAAAUUUUCCUAGGUGGAGAAGUGGGCAAGUUUGGACCUUAUACUAUAAUGUCAGAUAGACAAAAGGUAUGUGUUUGCACAUUUCAUUUUGUUUUGCACAAGUGUUAACAGUAGCUAAGAGUUUCAUUGGUG